AUGGUCUCCACUACUAUCAACUUCUCCGGCCUGAUGUGCCUCGUCCUUGCUCUCGGCCCUGCCACCGUCCUCUCCGCUCCCCAGAUGCCCGCUGUCCCAUUCCCUGAGAUCAUCAACCACGGCCCCGAGACCACCAACCAGGGCCCAGGCAACAGCGAGACCUCCGCCGGCAGCGGCGUCAAAGUCGGCAUCCCCGGCGGUCCCUAUGUGAACGUCGGCGCCGGAUUCCACGACGUCCACCGCGGCCCCUGCGGCCCUGGCGCAGGCGAUGACCACACCGCCGGCGCCGGUGUCGACGUCGGUAUCCCUGGCGGCCCUUCAGUCAACGUCGGAAAUGGGGAGCACAGCCACCAGGACGGCUACCCUUGCCCUGAGCCUCCUGCCGUUGUCAUCGUGCCUACUACCACUGCCAACCCUCCUGCCGUUGUUGUUGUGUCCACUCCCACCACUACCAACCCUCCCACUGAGAUUAUUACUCCGACUAUUGAGACUGCCCACCCUCCUACUUGGACUGGCGCCCCCGCCAUCCUCCCUCCCACCUUCACUACCCCCAUCUACGCCCCCCUCACCACCGCCCCCGCCUCAUGGGCGCCCUCCGCCUCCAUCCCUCUGAUCCACCCCGCCGUGCCCACCGCAUCGGCUUCGCCUUCUGCCGCGCCUUCUGUCCCCGUUAUGCCCGUCUUCAACGCCGGCUCGUCCCUGAUUCCUGGAUCCGUUCUCGCAGUGGCUCUGCCCAUUAUCCUGGCUUUCUUCAACUAA